GGUCGUCAUGUGUUCUGUGGCGGCGAUGCCAGGCGCUGGUGUCUCCGCCGUGCGUCGUCUCGCGCUGUACGUCCUGUGCCAUCCGUACGUGCACUCCGUUUGAAGUCCGUGAGCUAUUUUAAGUGAUAAUAUUAAGUGUACAGGGACUGUUAAAUACGGCGAUAGAUAGAUAAGAGUCCAUGAUGGAGAUACUGGAUACCAGUGCGCGUGUGAGAGCCGAACACUAACAGUGAGGAAUAUUUUUGAGAUGAGAAAAUGGAGAGUAAUUAUGACCCUUAUGUACGAGUCCUGCGCAGCGAUGGUGACGGAGAGGACGACCUGGUCCCCUGGUGUACAGACGGCGACCACGGCAGGUGCAAGGCCUACCUGGCGAAGGUGAUAAGCGUCGACGAGGAUGGCUCUUGCGACGAGCUGGGGGAGGACGACUCCGCGGAGGAGUUUCCCCCUCUCGUCAUCACAGAAAACGGGAUGUACGACGCCGUCCCGGAGCGAGGGCAGACUAAUGCAUCUUUCACAAGCCUCUCCCGCGGGUUUCGUGGCUGCAGCUACGUCGGCGAGGCAAAGGAGGUGAUGUAUGGGGAGAAUGUUGAUGUUUCGAUGCCGCUAAUAUACAGUUCUAAGCGGGUGAAUAACGAAAGUGAAAAUAAAGUGCAGGUUUAUGACACGGACGAAGGCGCGGCUGACCCAAGCAUAGAUGACGUAACCUUCGAAAACAGAGAAGAGGUCAGUCUGGUUGGGGAGGAGUCAGUCGACGACCCUAGCGGAGGUUCCGAGCCAAGGGCACCUUCACGGGAACUCGCCGAGGUUGCUAGCGAACCCAGCGGUGCCGGAGAUGACGUCACAGAUAACAGAGGGUAUAUGGGUCGGCCCAGUAAUAACCUCGUCACGCGGGAGUACCUCAAGAUCAGCGGGAUCCUUGGUUUUGCCGCAGAGCUGAUCAACACGACGCUGCCCAGCGACGAAGGCCUCCCUUCGCGCAAGGGCGGCGACGACUUGGCGGAACCUGGCCUGCUCUCGUGCCCUUGGGAGAAGGCCGCCUCCGGGACGCCCCCCGAGCUUCGAGCGCCGGAUGCCCCCGCGCUUGGCCGCGAGACCGAAAACAAUAAGAGCAACGCGCGGCGCAAUCAUCUAGGUCACGUGGCCCGACAAGGCCCCGACGCGCCUGACCUUUCCAGGACCAAGGCGCUGGCUGGCGGGGAUGCCCGUGACGUCAUAAAGCCCUUUGUCUUGUCCGACCUGAAGCGUCUUCGGGAGGAGCGGCGCGUCUCAGUGGAUGAGGGAGAGAUAGCGGAGGAGGAUAAAGUCAGCGAAAGCGGAGACGAGGAGAGACAUGAUGAUAAAACGGAGGAAGGGGAAAGAAGUGCGGGGGAAGAAGAGGACCUCGAAAAUGGCAUUAACGUGGGAGAGUACAAAGAGGUAAAGGCCGUUUUUGUUCAAGAAUGUUUAGUAGAAGAAGAGGAAGAGGAAGAGAAAGGCGAUAAGAAGGAAGAAGGUAGAGAGAAUGUGAUAGAGACGGACGGGACGGAGAAUAUGACCACCGAAGAGGAUAAAAAGGAAAUUGGAGAAAGCACGGAAGCAGAAGGAGAGAAAGAAGGAGGAAAUGAGAUAGAGGCGGAACAGGAAGAACCGCAGGAGGAGUUACAACAUUCUCAGGAAGAAAAUGUUGCCGAAAACCUCCCCUGCGAAGAACAUUCCGGUGUGGAACAUCCUCCACAAGAACACGGUGAAGGCGGACUUUCGUCAGAGAACAGUUCUUGUGAAGAACAAUCUCCUGUAGAACGUUCCAUAGAAGGAUAUGUUGACGGUUCAUUCCACGAAAAACAUGCUUCUUAUCACUCUGAAGAACAAGCCUCUGAUGAACCUUCCCCUGCAGAACACUGCGAGGAAGACCCUUCCAGUGAGGGACAUCACUGUGAAGAACAUCCCAGUGGAGAAGAACUUUUUGAUGGUGAAGAUUCCUCUGCUAAAGAAGUUGGAGAACGUAACGCCGGAGAAAUUCUGCGAGAAGAACACGGUUGUCCCAGAGAUCGUCUUGUGCAGCAAGAACCCUUUCAAGAACUGUUCACUGAAGAAAAAUCUGCCAAGGAUAAUUCGAAUGACGAAGUGCAUUCCAAUUCUGAUGAGAAAUGUUCGUCUGACGAUCAUCCCGACGAAGAACAUUCCUUUGAAGAACACCGUGUGGAACCACAUUCUCCUCCUGAAGAACACCUGUGUGCAAGCAAACCGAGUGAAGAACCGCUUCUAGAAAAUCUGAUUGAUUUGUCAGAGCAUCUGAUUGAAGAACAGCCUAAACCCUGUGAAGACGGUCCUACCGAAGAACAACCUGGCGACCUGUGUGAACACAUGUCUCCUGAAGAACAACCUGAAGUUUCUGAGCCCCAUCCUAUUGAAGAACAGCCACAAGUCCACUUUAAUGAAGUUUGUUGCAUUGAUGAACACCCGAGUGAAGAAGAACAGACAUUUGAGUGCCAUCUUUCUGAAUUACAGCCGACAGAAGAACAUCUCGAUGAACAUGUUAUUGUAAACGAACAUGACAAUGAAUCACUUCAGGAGCAACAAACGGAUGAGGAACAGCGGUCUGUAGGCCAGGAUGUUAAAAGUCAGUUGGACGAAGAACAGGAAGUUGAGAAGAAAUCAGAAAGCAUUGAAGAACAAGUUAUUGAAGAACAGGCGUGUGAAGAACAGAUUACUGAUAAUCGCCCAAAUGAAGAGCAAAACGACGAGAAAUCAAUGUGUGGAGUUCGGCUCGGGAAAGAACAGUCUGUGGAGAGUGUGGAAGAACACGGAAUGGACGACGGCACAGGCGAAGAACAUCCUUGUGAAGGCGAGUCCGGUGAAGAACAAGCGGGUGAGCUAAAAGCGGGUGCCGAGAUGGACGCCGCUGAGCCCGUAAUUGAGAUAGAUGUGGGUGAGCGAGCAGCCGGCAGUGGCGAGACCGCCUCGGCCGACGUAGACGCUGACAGUAUCAGCAUCGUCAGCGCUGAUGACAAAAGUGGAUGCUCUGCCGACGUCGCCGAUGCUAGCGGGGAUGAGGGUAAUUAUGUCGACCUGGUUAGCGGCAGUGAUAGUGGCAGUGGGGGUGAAAAUGGCGGUUUGGCACCCACGGGCCCUGGGCAGAGAGAUAGUGACGUCAUAUCUAACAUACCAUCCGGUCCAGAGAACGGCGCUGGCAGUGGUUCUCCCGUGGACGGCGAGGCGGGUGAUUCGUCGGCCCUCCGUUGUCUAGAGCAAGAUUGUCACGACGAAGAGCGGGUGCCUGAGGAAGUGCGGGGCGGGGAGGAACAUCCCUGUCACGAGGGCGGCGAGGGCGGCGUGCUAGGCAAGGAGGCGGAAAGGGCGUGGGCAAGCGCAGAGGUGCAAGGCGUAACCAAAGAAGAACACGACAUCGACCCUCGUACGUACGCAGUAAGCUCGCAGGAACAGGUGGAUGACGGUGGUGAGGAGUCCUCGCCCGAUGACGAGACUCUGAGAGACGCCCCCAGCGAGCCGCGUGAGCCCGCGAGCCCUUCGGAGACCCUCGCGUCAGAGGAGGAGAAAGAAUCUAGUCCCGACGGCUCCCCUGGACGGGUCGACCAGGAGGAGGCCCUUGGAGCCGCGACACCAAAGAAGCAACAUACCGAAUCGGAAAAAGACAGCGGACCAGAGGAGCCCUGCGUUCCCUGUGGGAGCCGGGGCGUGCGAGGGGAGUGCUGUUUGUGCGCGUCCGCCGCGAGUGCAGGCGAGAGGCCAGACGGCUACAUAGUGGAGUGCCAGGACAGAGGCACUGUGGUGGUUGGCGUUCGAGGCGUGACGUUCGUGGAGGCCUUGCCGUUCCGCGAUCGCUAUUCUCCCGAAGUGUCGAUAAUCUGGGAGGAAGACACCGAAGUGGGCGACGGAGAGGCCUGUGACGCUGCCCCUGGCAACAAGCCGGAAAUUGCCAAGGAGCCAUCGCUAGAGGGAGACUUCGACUCGAUUACUCUCGAAGACGUUUCUGCCGAUGCUGAUCGGGAAGGCGUUGCUGAAGGUCAGGUUUUGGCCAGCAGCGAUAUUAUCGACGUCCCGACGGAAUUCGCUGACGAUCUGGCACUGGUCCGCACAAACGAGGGAGUACCUGGCGUGAGUUCAGGGGAGGAAGGCACGGCAGACGAGGUCCCGACACCUACCGAAGGAGACGAAGACGUAUCUUUGGCAACAGCAGAGGUCGAGGAAGCGGCAGAGCAGGCGGAGGCUGUCGCGGGGAAUCUCCAAGAGGAGGCCGCUGUCACCGACGACAAGUGCUUAACAAGUGUUGCUGUGCAGGACUCGCUAAGCUUCCGUGUCGGUGCGGGUGAAGCGGGAGAAGCUGGGGAAGUGAAUGAAGUGAACGGUGGCAGAGCUGAAGCGAUCGUUGAAGUUAUCGUGAACACGGCCGAGGAAACUGAGGCGAAUAUUAUUGCGAAAGAGUGUGAAGUGAGAGGAGAGGAGGCGAGUGGCGAUCACGACGCAGGUGGCGAUGAUAAUGAACUUAUCAGGGGAAGUGAUAAGUGCAGCGAAGUGAGCGAGCGUGACCGGGAUGAGAUAGGCCGCGAGGAGUCCCCGGAUGAGUGCGCUGACGAAGGCGAGAGCGAAGAAGAGAGGCGAAGGAAUAACGAUGAGGUCUUGGAAAGUCUCUUGAUGUUGAGAAGUGCAAAUAGUGUUGAGUGCGAUGAGCAGUGGAGUGCUGUUGACUUAGUCGUGAGUGGAGCGAGAGGUGACCAAAGUUCUCAAGAAAAAGCAAUUAAAGUCAGUGUUAAAGUGAUUGAAGAGAAUUCUUCCGAAAGGGAAGCCAGUGCUGAUUUGAAAGCUGAAAAUCCGCCGCGUGCCGACUCGUCCGCUGAAGGCGAGGCCUGCGCGGACACUCCCAAGACAGCCAUGAGCGACUCAAGUAACCGCGACUCUGGCACGAGUUACUUGAGCGAGGGCGAGGACAGCGACGACGACACCCUUGAAGGGCGGAACAGCGACGGCGACGCCAUGACGGCGAGCAGCACCGACGACGGCAGCAGCGGCAGUGGCGGCAGCUCCGGCGGCGGCCCGGGCGGCACCGGCGGCAGCGAGGCCUUCAGCAAGUCGCACCGGCGGGAGGACAGCGGUGUGGAGGUGGGCCUCGAGGCCCCCGCGCAGCACCUCUACGGCCUGGCCACACCGCCCCGUCGCCGCCACGCCUCGUGCGACACGCAGCCGGAGGAGGCCGACCCCCACGACACGACGCUGACGGGGCCCGAGGGCGGCAGCGAGGCCUCCGAGGCCGAGGACGGCGGCGAGGGGACCCUGAGGUUCCGCCGCAGCCGCAGCCAUCAGUUCCGCAUGGGGCGGAGGUUCAGCAGCGGACACAAGAUGAUGGAGAAGGUGCGGAAGGCCGUGCACUUCGGCCGCAAGACGCUGCUCGACGACUCCGCCAUCGACGUCCACAACACCAAGCACGACGCCAACAACGCAGCAAGGUGUUGGCAGGUGUUGGCAGGUGUUGGCAGGGAAGCGCUUGGCUUGGAGACAUCGGGUAGAUCCGGCACCAAGUUCCCACGAGUCUUAAGCAAAAUCCGACCGCACAUCCAGUGGGAAAAAAUCGAGGCUUUUACAUCGCCGAAACGAGCUUGCAUUGACGUCUUCCUCGUCGGGUCUCGGUUUCCCAUUCAGAUUCCGACAUCUUACUGGCUAGCACGCAAGGGUCACAUUGCGAUGUUUUUUAAAGGUUGUGUUGAUGUAACAAUUGUAGUUCCCGUUGUGUAUUGGCCGAUAAAUCGUUCGAUACCUACCCAGAGACCCAGCGUUCGCAAGCGGUGUGGCAACAGCACCGAUACAUCAUACUUCAAGCAAGCAAUCACGGACGUCAGACCGGGUGAUUUGACACAAGUAUCUACCAGCAAUAGCCAAAUAAUAAACAACAACAAGGACAUCAAAACCACAACAUGA